AGUUGCCAAAAUUAUUCGCAUACUAUAUCCAAUUCCUUGGCAUCUAAGUUAACAGUACACACUCUGUCUUCAGUUCCCAAAUUUAGAAACCCACCUCUUCAAUUUCCCUAAUUUCCGUUUUUAGACCCCAAAAAAAUCCUUCUUUUACCUUCCAGAUCGGUCCCAAUUUGAUGAUUUAUUUCAAAUCUGCUCCGUGAUCCCCAAAGGGUUUUUUCGGUGCGUGUCUGUCUGUGCGUUAUGAAGAUCGAGGAAUUGGAGGAGGCGGAGUGUGAUUGGAGCGACGGCGUUUCCGGGAGGCAGAUAGUUAGGGUUGAUGACGCCAAGAGAGCGCUAGUCGGAGCCGGGGCUCGGAUCCUUUUCUACCCGACCCUGUUAUAUAAUGUGCUUCGGAACAAGAUCGAAGCUGAGUUCAGAUGGUGGGACGAAGUUGACCAGUUUGUUCUGCUCGGUGCGGUUCCAUUCCCCAAAGAUGUUCCCCAGUUGAAGCGACUGGGUGUUGGCGGUGUUAUCACUCUCAAUGAACCUUAUGAAACUUUGGUUCCAACGUCCUUGUAUCGUGCCCAUGGAAUUGACCAUCUGGUAAUCCCAACACGUGAUUAUCUCUUUGCUCCUUCAUUUGAAGAUAUUAGCAGGGCUGUGGAAUUCAUUCACUUAAAUGCAUCUUGUGGUAGAACUACUUAUGUUCACUGUAAAGCUGGUCGGGGAAGGAGCACAACUAUCGUGCUUUGCUAUUUGGUGAAACACAAGAACAUGACACCUUCUGCAGCCCUGGACUAUGUGCGCUCUAGAAGACCUCGCGUGCUGCUGGCCCCCUCACAGUGGAAUGCUGUUCAAGAAUAUAGCAGAUGUAAGCCAGCUACCACAGCAUGUUCUCCGUCAGGAGAUGCAGUUCUAAUUACCAAAGCUGAUCUUGAAGGCUAUCAUGGCACGUGUGACGAUAAUGCUUGUAAGCAGUUGGCAAUAGUUCCUAAAAUGGUGAAAGCCAGUCCCAUGAUAGCUAGGUUAUCCUGCCUUUUUGCAUCUCUGAAAGUUUCUGGCAGUUGUGGACCAGUCACAAGGCGGUUGACUGUGCCAGAGCCACGUGCUUGCUGAGCUCUCCCGCAUCUCACACAAGUGUCAUGAGUUGUUUUGCUUGUACAGAAGAGGAUGGUGGAAAUAAAUGUAGAAAUUUUAUUAAGUGCCAAUGUUUCUGGUAGCUUCAUGUUUACGGGAGAGAAGGUAAAUGAAGGGAAAAAAAAAAAAAAAAAAAAUUCGGCGGCUUUCUUGGAAGGUUGUGUAUAACACUCUUGGCAACGGCUGAGGAAUGGAUUUGGAGCUGUACUUGUACGUUAGAGUACGUCAAUUUUUCUCCUGUUUUUAAUUGUCGCUUUGCAUGUAAGUUUCCUAGUUUGUACCCACCCUUAUGUACUGCUGCAUUUAAAAUAUCAUUUUGCUUUAACCUUGUUGGUGUGGGAGGGAGAAUAUGGUUGUUUGUGUAGAUGCUUAUGUCAAGUUGUGUUGUGAAGUAGGCUGCACGUUUGAAGCAGGAAGGAACCAAACCCCAAUCAAGGGCAACAUUGUAGAGCACAAAUAAAUCUAAGACAAAUUUUG